AUGAAGGGUGCCUGGGCAGCGCUCCUGGUCUUGGGCAUGGUCUCCGCAGCGCGCCCGGCGGGUCUCAUCACCCACCAGCAAGCCAUCACCUCGGCGGUAGACCUUUACAACCAGCAGGCAAACUCCUCCUUUGCCUUCCGCCUGCUGGAGGCCGAAGCGCAGCCGGACUGGGAUCCGACCGGCAGAGCCGCGCAGGGGCUGAAGUUCACCAUCAAGGAGACGGUCUGCCCGGCCGCGCAGCGCGCCAACCUCUCCCAGUGCGAGUUCAAGGAAGACGGGGUGGACCAGGACUGCUCCGGCAUCUACUCCGGGCAGCCAGACCCCCCGACUGUCAGCGUCCAGUGCGAGGACAUCGACCAGGAGGUAUUUUCGGGCCUUCUGCCUUCUUCCGCCGUGAGAACCGGCCGGCGGCGUUGGGGGACCGGGCCAUGGCGUCAGUUUGAAGGGGCCAGGGAGCCAAGCCUUCUGAGGGAAAUUGUUCCGGGCAAAAGCGUCAAGGUCCUGGGGCCACAUCAGCUCCUGCCACCCAGAGCGCCGCAGCCAGCCAUGGAAGGGGGCUUCUGGAGGAUCCUGCUGGUGGUCGGGGCCGUCUCAGCCUCUGGGCCCUCCCCACCACCACACAAACCGCUGACCUAUGAAGAGGCCGUGGGGUUUGGAGUGGAGCUCUACAACGAGAAAGCAGGGGAAGACGCCCUCUUUCGGCUCCUGGAGGCUGCCCCCCAGCCCGAAUGGGACCCCACUUCUGAGGGCGUUCAAGAGCUGAACUUCACCAUCAAAGAGACGGUGUGCCUGGUGGAAGACGAACAGGCCGAGGGUGAAUGUGACUUCAAGGACGACGGGCUGGUCAAGGAAUGCUCGGGCUACUAUUUCCUUGAGGAAAGGCCCCCAGUGGCUGUCCUCACCUGUGAAACCGUGGGGGGAAAGGUGGAGGAGAAGGAGGAGGAGGAGAAGCAUCAGCCCAAACGCGUGAAGAGAUUCAAGAAAUUUUUCCGGAAGAUCAAGAACGGCUUUAAGAAAUUCUUCAAGAAAUACAGGGUUGUCAUCGGUGCCACCAUCCCCAUCUAAGAUAUGAUUGAGAAGGGUCCGGCCUCAGACCUUUGAACAACAUUUGCAGAAAAAGAUAGCAAUUCCCCAAUUUUUAAGCUUUGCUUUUCCCUCUUAGACCUACUUGACCAGGUUGAGGCUUUCUAAACUCUUGCGAUUGCGCAAUUAGAAUCCCCAGCCUUCUUUCACAUCCCCCCCCCUUUUUGUGCUGCGAUUCGUCAAGCCAGGAGUGUGUACUGUGUGCAAAUGGCCAGAUAUUGGAGACUCUGUAUUCAGGUGGGGAGGGCGAGGGAUGUGCUGUGGCGUUCAGAAGAGACCUGUUCGGGAAACGGUUUGAAUGAAAUUGCAUAAAUAUACAUCAUGCAGCUUUUUAAAAAUGGAAAUAAAUGCUCAAAUGAGGCAGGGCGAGUCUCUUCUUUGCAAAAUGCGACUCUUGUUGAAAGUGAAAUAGAUUUGCCCAUCCCUUUCAGGAAUUCCUUCUCUUUUCC